CAGAAUAAGGAUGUAAAGUGUCGGUUGAUGAAGGCUACUAGCCAGACGAGUGUAAUUCCCACCGACGAGAUAGUGUGAGUUAGAAGAGAUUGAUGCCGCGGGCAUCAGACCCGGACUUAGACCUUUUUACUCCCGGUGACCCAGAGCUAAUAUUCACCGAGCUAAAGGAGAUUGGCCAUGGAAGUUUUGGCAAUGUGUACUUUGCCAGACAGGUGGAUAAUGACGAUAUUGUAGCAGUGAAGAAAAUGGCCUACUCGGGCAAAAACUCCCAAGAGAAACUCCAGGACAUCCAGAAAGAGAUAGAGUUUCUCAAACAGUGCUGCCAUCCAAACUGUAUUCAAUUCAAGGGUUGUUACCUGAAAGGACACACAGUUUGGCUGAGUAUGGAAUACUGUUUGGGCUCCGCUGCAGAUAUUAUCGAGGUCCACAAGUCACCACUAGCAGAACCGGAGAUAGCAGCCAUGAUUAAAGACACGCUAACUGCCCUGGAUUACAUCCACGCGAACAGUAUGAUACAUAGGGACGUUAAAGCAGGUAAUAUUUUGAUAGCUGCUAACGGUAGGGUGAAGUUGGCUGACUUUGGUAGUGCCAGUCUCAGAUCUCCUGCUAACAGCUUCGUGGGGACUCCCUAUUGGAUGGCUCCUGAGGUUAUACUAGCUAUGGACGAGGGAACAUACGACGAUAGGGUUGACAUCUGGUCCUUAGGGAUCACCUGUAUAGAGCUCAGUGAAGGAAAACCCCCGCUCUUCAAUAUGAAUGCCAUGGCGGCGCUCUAUCAUAUAGCACAGAAUGAGAGCCCGAGAUUGGGGGAGGGCGGCAAUGCACAAUCUACCUGGUCAACCUGUUACAAGGACUUUAUAGCUAGGUGUCUGGUCAAGGAGGCUUCUGACAGGCCCCGAGCGUGUGAUCUACUGAAGCACACCCUGAUGGUAGAAGCUCAUCCGGAGACUGUUCUGAGCAUGUUGGUUGCCAGGACCAAGGACGCUGUUCGGAGACUCGACAACAAGAGUUACCGUGCUGCGCGCAAGAUAUUCAUGCUGAACAACCACAACGGGGACACAAGUGAUGUGAGAACAGAUGAGGAUAACGACUCUAUGAGUACAGGAAGUGCUGGCUCGCUGCAGGACCCUGAUAGCAUGGAGUUUGAGAGUGAGGGAGAGGAGAAUGGAAUGAUGGGAGAUAACGAGCAUAAUGAGUAUGAGAGGCGGAACAGUGUGGUGGAGGUGUCUAACGCAGAGGUGGAUGACGAGGAGAUAAGUUUCUCAAUAGUUAACCCUCCCGUACCAGAGAUAGAAAUCAACAGGGACAACUUCAGGCCUACCCACGAGGGUUUCUCUACUAUCAAACCGAACGCUACCCUUUCUAAACAGAUGAUGCAGAACAACCCUGAAAAUGAGAUCAAGAAUCAGAUGAUGGUCUACAAACAGAUGCGACAGCACAACGUGAAGCAGUUGAAGCAGCUGGAGCAGCGACACAGGUAUGCGGUAGAGGAGCUGAGGAGGAGUUUGGAGCGGGAUCUUGAAACGUUGCGGAGUUCUAAUGAGCGUGAACAUGACAAGUUCAAACUGAAGUUACGGGACGAUAAACUUGCGCAUGAUAGAGAGGUGAAUCAGCAAGAGAAGAAGUUUGUAAAAACUCUGAACGAAAAGUAUGAAACUACUCAGAAGUUUAGGAUAGGGGAAACUAAAAAAUUGUACCUCCAGAAAAAGGAACUGCUGCGGCGAGAAAUGAGCCAAACACCCAAACAGUGUCGCAAAUCGUCAAUAGACGUCAGCAAGGACAAGAUCAAAAGAGAACUAACCGAAAACGAAGAGCGAUACCUGAAUACCGUCCAGAAGGAGAACGAACAAGAACUUCGCAACCACCGGGGUAGCUGUCUGAAAGUUACUCACGCGCUGGAGAACGACUCCUUCCAAGAGGAGUGGAACCUGAAGGAGAUCCACAAGAACUCCCUAGCGCACAUGAAACGCAAACAUCACCAUGACAUGUGCGCGCUGCAGGAGCAACAUCAGAGCGAGAUUCACGCGAUGCGCCAAAAGCAGUUGCAGGACCAGCAUGCUGCAGAGUGGGAGAAUCAGAUGGAGUACACCCAAAGAGUUCAGAAAGAACUGCGCCGCAAACAUGCACUGCAAAACAAACAGCAACCUAAGAACCUGCGACGCAAGAAACAGCAAAUCCACAAACAGUUCGAGGCUACUUGCAAGAUUAUUGAGAGUCAGUACAAAGAGCUGCUAAAAGACUACCUGAGGAACAGCCCAAAAGAGCUACACAAAGAUAUCAUCAAGAAGUUCAAGGACGACAAGAUGCAGAAGAUGAUCAGCCUCAAUGAUCAGUACACAAAGAGUAUAGCUGAUCACUUAGAGCGUGAACAGGUGAAUCUAGACGAGUCCCAAACUGCGGAACAAGAGGAAGUGCGUGCCACACUACACAAGGAACAGGAACUACUGCAGGCAUACCAGCGCAGACUUCACCACCGACUUCAGGAGUCCAUGAGCAAUGAAAAGGAACUCUUCGUGGAUGAAUCUCAUCAAAAGCUGGCCCUGCUCCAAGAGGAUCUGAUUGAAGUAGACCAUCAGUUUGCACGUGCGCGUACUGAGGCAGAGUCCAAAGAGCGGGUAAGGCAGCGCAAAGAACUUACCGACUUUCAGAAUCAAAGCCACGAGUUACCUCCAUCUGAUACCUUUAUGAACAGAACAUGGGGGCGCCGCAGCUCCCCUUUCGCGGGGUUUAGUAAAUUCUGACCUGUAGAGUUUUAUAUAUAUUGAUACGUGUAAAUUUCGCGUGUUGUUAUGUACGGAAUGGGAAUCGACUGCUGCGACUGCACAGUGCACACAGAUUGCGCUCAGAUCAUCUGAUGAUAAGAUCGGGUGAUACACCCUCAGACCGGAUCACAGAUCAGAUGAGAAGAUUAUUUGUCUGUGCUUUGUCAGCAUGUUUAUACGUUAACCGGGAACUCAAUUUGUUGAACACAGUUUCGGAGGCAGCUCGAAGAGAACUAUUAUACAUCAAAGGAGUGGAGGAACUGAUUGAUUUUACAUACAUUUACCUUGCGUUAAUAUGAUGUCUCUCUCCACUUUUAAAAUUAUUUUUACGAACAAUAACAAUAUUUUUAUAUUGUAUACAUGAUGAAGUUUGUUUUGAAAAAAAAAUGAUGAAAUAUUCAGCGCGCCCAUCUCUUUUUUGAUUCGGUAUAUAUCUUGGUUCAAACUUCGAAGUAAAGUAUAUAUGACCGGCAACGUCGUGCGACAAAAUCAUUAAAACUAAAUAGUUAUAAUUGAUUAAUUAAUGAAUAGCCAGGUCAUGUUAAUAAGGAAGAAAUUCUUUUACUUGAAUACGUGUGUGUUGUUUGAUUGAACUCUUUGUUGUAUUAUUAAAUGUUAUGUUGGCGAUUUUUGAUAAAUUCACUUUUCACCAGUCUAUAACAUAUCAUGUAUAUCUUGUGGUAUGAAUGGAUGAUUAAUCGAUCACAAGUUAAGAAAAGUUCACUUGAUAACAUUGUAUGGAUCACAUGAUCUUGAUCUUAGUUGAGAUUUUGUAAAAUAUGAUGAUGAUAUGUCGUCACAUCUCCUGUCUCUUAUAUCGUAUGAUUAUGUUAAAUAAUAAUAGCAAGCCUGAAUUUUAAUAUCUGAUUUGCUGAGAAAUUUCUGUUUUAGUACUCUUUUUCUAGAAAUAAUAAUAUUUAACGAGCAAGUGAAUCUUCUGAUUUACUUUAAACGAAGCCCAAUUUGGUCACAAUUAUCAUGUAAUAUGUAAAGAUUGAUAGCGACUUGAAAUUUA